UUAAAUCUCUGUCCCCUCACUACUUUGAGACCAGCCUCAGCCUGGCCUUGUAUCCUUUCAGGACUGCAAGCUGAAAGCAGCAAAAUGAAGACAGCUCUAGUCUUUCUUUGCAUUUUGGGAAUAGCUUGCGCCUUCUCAGUAAAAAACUUCAGAAGAAGAUUUAAAGCAGAGGAUUCAGAAGAAAAUGCAGUAUUCAAGAACAAAUAUAGGUAUUUUCUUUACAGGUAUCCCUACCUUUAUCCACCUGUAAAAAGGUUUCAGUUUAACAGUGACUCAUCCGAAGAAGGCUACGGUGGUGAUAGCUCUGAGGAGGAGGAAGAGGAAGAAGAAGGGGGUCAGUCAAAUGAAGAAAAUGAAAGUGAAAACGAGAAUGAAGAGGCCACAGAGGCUCCCACUGCACCAGCAACCGGAGAUAAAAAGGGUGUUAGUAAUAUCAAACCUCCCAAGGCACCCAUAAAAAAAGAGCCUGUGGGGAAACCUAGGAAAGGAGAAGGAGCUAAAAAUGGUGAAAAGGACAAAGCUCCAGAAAAAGCAGGGAAGGAAGAGGAAGACAGCGAUGAAAAUGAGGAAGAGGAAAACGAAGAGGAGGAAGAGGAAGAAACAGAGAAAGUGGACGAGAAUGGAAGUGGCAUCAACGGUACGAGCACCAACAGCACUGCAGAAGAGAAUGGAAAUGGCGGCAACGGAGAGGAGGAGGAGGAGGAAGGAGGAGAAGAAAAUGAAGCAACCACCAUCAUUCCGACUACCCUGGCUGCCACCGCCACCGCCACCACAGAGUAUCAGGACCAAUAUGAAACCACCACGGAAGAACACUGGCACUAUGAGACCACCCCUGGAGAUCAGUGGCACUAUGACACCACCCCUGAAGAUCCAUGGGCUUAUGAUACCACCACCACUACUGGUUACGAGAAUGGCUACGAGGUUCAGACAGAUUACUAUGGGAGUGAGCAUGGGUACCCCCGAGGGGAUACUUUCAGAACAUAUGAGGACGAGUAUAGCUACUAUAAAGGGCAUGGAUAUGAUGUUUAUGGCCAAGAUUACUACUACAACCAAUGAAGAAAAUAAGCCACCUCUUGGCCAGGUUAAUAUUAAUGUUUUGCAUGACAAUUGUUCACAGACGCCUACUCAGGAAGACGCAUCACAAUGUAAGAUGGUGCUUGUUAAGUGAGAAUGAAGACUGAUAUCUGGCAUUAUUGCUACCUAUGAAAAUGUACUCGUUUGGUCUGUUUUUUUAAAUGUGCGCUUUUUACCAGUAUUCAUGUACCUGUUGUGGACUUUUGUAGGGUUUGUAGAUUUUUCCCCCCUAAAUGGUGCAGAAGAAAAUUAUGUGUGUCAAAUGGAGUUUUUAUCAAAUAGAAGUUUGUUGUAUGCUGUACAUGCUCUGUCUGUGUUUUUAUAUCAAAGUCAAGAUGAGUUUUGAA